UAAUCGAUUUCGUCUUGGCGUUGUUGAUGAUUUUGGUUAUGUAGAUAUGUCGAUUUCGCAUUUACAUCUUGUUUUCUUUGGGUUUAAUUGCUGCUUUUCUGCACUUCAUUCCGAGAUGUUUGCUUUUAGUUGUGAGUGGAAUUAGAUCGUCGGUUUAAGGAUUUUUUGAUAUUAUGUUAUUUAAAUGAGCAGAGGCAAUGGCGGUGGCCAGUGGUGGCUGAGAUUGUCGGUGUGAAUAUAAUUGUGGGGUUUUGAAGCUAAUGAGCUAUUUUUUAUGGAUUUUGAUGAUUGGUUGGUGAAAAGUAGUUCAGAGCUUGGAGGGUUGGAGAUUUCUGGUUCCUAAGUUUUCUUGUUUGAGACUAUAAAAGGUUAUCCUGGUUUAGGUGCAGUUUAGGUGUUGAACUUUUCAAUGUGCUGUUCUUGACAAUAGUUUAUUGAGGAUUUUGUUGUAUGCCUUGUUAGGUGCAUUUUACAAGUUAUUAGUAACAUUGGUGGAACUUACUUUUCAUUGUUGACUAUUACCAAUCAUUUAGAUGAGUAGAAGUGAUGUUGGUGGUUCAUAAUUUUGUUAAAUAUUUGGUCACUAAGCUGGCUACUUUCCUACUAGAUGAGGUGGUUGAAGAUUAGUGGACUGCCACACUGUCUCAUUUGAAAGAUUUGGGUUUGGGGGUUGGAGAGAUUAUGAUGUUUUAUGGUCAGGGAUAAGAACAUCCGGACUUAAAAUAAAUUCAUUGAUCUGUCGACUCAACAGAUUUUGUUACAGCUUCUUUUAGGUUCAUAGGUUUUGUUUUAAAGCUCCAACUCAUUUGACUGUUGUUCGUACGUAGAAAUCCUUCGUCUCUAGCUGUAAUUGAAUCACAUGUGUUUGCUGGGAUUCAAUGACGAUGCAAAGAUACACUGAUGAUCAUGAGGAUACAAGCAAAAGAAGGUUUCUUAGAAGUAGAGUAUUUAAAGAUGGGGAACGAUCCCUUUAUCGAUCCAGUAUGGACAGGAUAUCGAGCUUCAAGUUCUCCACCUUGAAGGCUGUGAUGGUCAUCAUCAUAAUUGGAGCAUUUUUCACAAUUCUACGUUCUCCGUCAAUUCAUGAUUCAGAUCACAUGUCUCGUUCUCGAUAUAGGUCAAAUUUGGCUGAUAGAUUUGGCAUAGAUCAAAGUUACACAUCACAUUUAAAUAUCGACUGGGAUGAAGCAUCGGCAGCAAUGGAGAGACUGACCGACAGGGACGAGUAUAAGGGAGUAGGAUUGCUGAAUUUCAACGAGGAAGAAAUUAGUCAGUGGAAGCAGUUGCUACCGGAUGCAGAGCAUAUCGUGCUUUUCACAGAUUAUGCCUCUCCCAAUGUUACUUGGGAAACAUUAUAUCCAGAAUGGCUAGAUGAGGAAGAAGAGUUCGAUGUUCCCACUUGUCCUUCUUUACCCAGAAUUCACUACCCGGGCAAACCACGGUUGGAUCUUAUUGUGGUGAAGCUUCCGUGUGAUAAAUCCAAGCAAAACUGGGCAAGGGACAUAGCUCGUUUCCACUUACAACUUGAAGCUGCAAGGGUUGCUGCAAUGGCCAAGGGGUAUCAUCCUGUGCAUGUUAUUCUUAUCACCGAGUGUUUCCCGACCCCUAAUCUGUUUACUUGCAAAGAGCUGAUUGUAAGGGAAGGAAACAUAUGGCUGUAUAAGCCCAAUUUGAAUAAACUGAGAGAAAAGCUCAACCUUCCAGUCGGGUCAUGCGAACUUGCAAUUCCUCUUACGAGCGAAGAAAAUUGGAACUCGGGUAAUGCAAGGCGAGAAGCAUAUGCAACUAUUCUGCACUCAGCUCACGUCUACGUCUGUGGGGCGAUUGCUGCUGCUCAGAGCAUCCGUAUGGCAGGUUCGACUCGUGAUCUUGUGAUACUUGUCGAUGAAAGUAUAAGCGACUACGACAGGGGCGGCCUUGAGGAGGCUGGGUGGAAAAUCCAUACGAUUCAAAGAAUAAGAAAUCCAAAGGCAGAACGAGAUGCCUACAACGAAUGGAACUACAGCAAGUUUCGUCUUUGGCAGUUGACAGAUUACGACAAGAUUAUAUUCAUAGAUGCUGAUCUGUUAAUUCUGAGAAACAUCGACUUCCUCUUCAAGAUGCCAGAGAUAACAGCCACAGGAAACAACGCGACCCUCUUCAACUCAGGGGUGAUGGUUAUUGAGCCAUCAAACUGCACGUUUGAGCUGCUGAUGGACCACAUCAACGAGAUUGAGUCGUACAACGGUGGAGACCAGGGGUAUUUGAAUGAGAUCUUCCCAUGGUGGCAUCGGAUCCCUAAACACAUGAAUUUCUUGAAACACUUUUGGAUUGGUGACGAGCCAGAGAGGAAAGAGAUGAAGACGCGUCUGUUUGGUGCUGAUCCGCCAGUGCUAUACGUGCUUCACUAUUUGGGGAUGAAACCAUGGCUGUGUUUCAGGGACUAUGACUGCAACUGGAACGUGGACAUAUUGCAGGAAUUUGCAAGCGACGUGGCGCACAGGACAUGGUGGAAGGUCCAUGAUGCAAUGCCGGAGAAGUUACAGAAGUACUGCUUGCUUCGAUCGAAGCAGAAGGCAGCGUUGGAGUGGGAUCGCAGGCAGGCUGAGAAAGGUAACUACAGCGACGGGCACUGGCAAAUUAAGAUACAGGAUCCGCGGCUGACGACCUGCUUCGAAGAUUUCUGCUUCUGGGAAAGCAUGUUGUGGCAUUGGGGGGACAAGAACUGGACGGACAACUCCACGGCGACUCUGCCCCCGCCGCCACCAUCUUCUGCUCAAACAGCUUCUUUAUAAUCUUUGGCUUAUUUUUUCAUUUUUUCACUUCUUUUUUCCUUUUACACCUUGAAUUCUUUUUCUGUAUGUCGUCUGGCCUGGCAGAAAAUCCGACGGUUUAUACUAGUAGCAUGCAUAUAACACAAUACUGCUUCUCAUCACUAUUUUACAAAUUAAUACUCCAUCCAUUUUA